AUGUUAUUACAAAGCUUUUUAACAACGCGUAUACUAGGAACUACGCCAAUACUUUACUCUGGUAGUCGUGUUAUCAGUGUAAACUUGUUACGACAAUAUGCUAAAGCUUCAGUGACAAAACCACAAGAAACAAAAAAGAAAGUUUCAAAUAAAAGUGCUUCAAAGAAGGGUAAAAAAAAAGAUGAUGUAGCCGUUGUUCCUACAGAACCAAAGAGGCCCCCAACCGCUUAUUCUCUUUUUUACCGUGAUUUCUUUCAUCAAGAACGAACAAAAUUUCCAGAAAAAGUAGACGUGACCGUACUUGCUAAGUUGGCUGGUGAAAAAUGGUCAAAGUUAUCAGCUGACGAGAAACAAGUUUAUGUUGAAGAACAGAAAAAGUCUGCAGAUGAUUAUGUAAAAAUUCACAAAAAGUGGUUAGAAUCUUUGACACCCGCCCAAAUUGCUCAAGAAAAUAGACGUAGAAAGGAAUCUAAAUCAAAGAAAAGCAUUAAAUUAAUAAAAGAUCCUAAAAAGCCUAAGAAACCUAGAACUUCCUAUAUUAAUUAUGUUGUAGAUCAUAUUCAUGAUGAUAAAGAAAAAGGACCUGAUCGUAUUAAAGAAAUUGCUACUCAAUGGAAGACUCUUAGUUUAGAAGAAAAGAAGCCAUAUAAUGAGGCAUAUCAGAAAGAUAAAGUACGUUACAAUGAAGAGAUGAAGUUAUACAAAGAGAACUUUUAA